CCUACGCCGUAAUAAGUGAUUGGGUUUGAAAGGUCAGUUCUUAGUCAUUGCUCGGCGUUCAUAUCUGCACCAUGUGCUUGUCGUACAGAAAUCCACACCACAUCUACGAAGUGCUAUGGCCCCUGCUAGCUUUUUCCAAAUUGUUCGGGCAAACUGGAUUCCUGAUUGUUGGCGUACCGCCGUACGUGCAGAUCAAAGUUACUCGUGUGGAGUAUGUUGCGCUGUUGGUGAAUUUUGCGGCCAAUUGCUAUUGCGUGUACGAAAAUGUCACCAAUCAGCGGUUGUCUCGAUUCACGGGGUCAGCUGUAAUGGACAUGGGGCUCAGCUUUCUCUUUCCGAUGGGCGCUAUCUUCAUGAUAUUGUUGGCCAUCGAUAACUUUCUACGGCGCAACUUGACCAUCGAAAUCAUAGCGGAACUGUUCAAGGUGGAUCGAUCAUUGCAGCGCAAAAACCACAAACUUAACCAUCGUCGACAAUAUGUGGUGCUGAUGCGGAUGCUGAUCCUGUUGAUUGUACUGAUCGGGACCGGGUUCGUUUUUUCACUGGUGAUGAGCUUGUUUUCCGAAUAUUCUUUCCGCAAUCAUGCAAUCAAUGGGUUUUCCUACCUUCUGACUGGAGUUCAAUUUAUGAUAGUGAAUUUUCAUUUUGUAUCUGCUGCUCGGCUGAUUACCUUUCGACUGGAAGCAAUAAAAUACUGUAUCAAGAAACACUUGGAGGCGGGGUCGUGGUGGAUUGAGCAAAAACAACGCUGGGGACGUCGGGUGGAACCGAUCGAUGUUGUCGCCGAGCUUGCGGAAGAUUUCGCCACAGUGGUGCAUAUCGUCGAGCGUGCCAAUCGGAUCUACUCGAAUCAGACCGUCGUAUUGAUCAGUGGUGUAGUCAUGUUUAGCAUCUUCGUCAUCUAUGCCAGCUCGUACAGUUAUUACGUCGGAAGUGUGCAGGAAUCGCGGUUGACGUUCAUUCUACUAACAGCUUGGGUGUUUUACAUUAUCAUGGUCGCACUAAUAUUCUUCUCGGGUGUCGGUGUGGAAAAAACGGGCAACGACAUUGCGGGCCUGUUGCACGAAGCUCAGCAGCGAGAACAAGACGUGGUCACCAGACGAAAGCUGAUCUGCUUUUCCCAGCAAGUUAUGUUGCGUCCCCCGAAAUUGCGAUGCAUUUUUUACGAUUACAAUUGGAAAACGUUGUUUAGUCUUUUCGGACUCGUUGUUACCUAUCUAGUCAUUUUGUUGCAGUUCGACAAAAUUUCGGACGAUUCAUGGAACGACGUGAAUUUUUCUGCGUAGGACCGAUGGCGCAGUCACAGCAACAGGAGCAACGCGAUGCGAUCGCCCAGGGGCCCAGUGGUGGCAUACGGUGCUUGCGAAGCGAUGAAAUUUCAUCAUAAAUGACGAAAUUAAUUAGGUGAAUGAAGUAUUAAAUGAUUUUGUGACAUUUUAUACCGUUUAUCAUUCGGACUCUUUCCCAAUCAAACAGCCGUACAUUCCUUUAACCCGCAUACGGAUGGUGGCUUAAUUGCAUCUCAUUAAUUAACGGCAUCGAGUGUGUGAAAGUUUGCGAAAAAAGCUACACUUCAUCAAUUGAUAAAUAAAAUCUCUUUAUUUCCAUCGCAUGUCGAUGGAC